AUGACAGAAGAAGAUAAAAGUAAUAAUCAACAAGGCAGAUUAAAACCACCUAAUCAAGGAUAUCGUAAAGAUUAUAGACUUAAGGAUAAUGAAACAUUAGACAAUAAUGGUAUUGCAGCAAUUAUUAGACAAAUGAGUGACUUUUUUAAAGGAAUUUCUAAAGAAAUUAGGAAUGCUUGA